AUGAUGCGUAUUGAGAAGGAUGUUAAACCAAGUCUGAAUUCAGUUGCUUUCAAUCCUCCUGAUGAAGAAAAAGCAUCGGCUGACAAUUAUGAAGAGUCGUCGAAAUAUAUGCAUCCCAUAGUUAGUGCUGCACAGCGAGCAGCUCGUCGAAUAUCAAUGAAAGCACGCAGAAAUUUGGGAAAGAAAGUACGAAUUAUGGAUGAGCCACAAAUAAUUCCUAUAUCUCCUCGACCUGGUAAAACUCCUGGAAUUAUCAAAAUGCCCAAUUUUUUGAAUGACAAAUCGGAUAUAUCUACCAAUAAUUCGAAAAUUCGCUCAAAAGCGGGAAUUCAUAAAGAAGCAUUAUCUUGCCAUUUGAUGGAUUUAAGAAGUCGCAAAAGAACUGGACCUUCUCCUUCCAGUUUUACGUCUAUACCAAAAAGAUCGAAAAACAGGAAAAAAAUUGAAGAGGCAGAAAAAGAAAAUGAAAAGAAUGAUGAACAUGAAUUUUUAAAGCAAAAGCGACGAAGCAGUUUAUUUAUUCCUGUCCCCAGUACUGGAUCGUGCGCAAAGGUGAAAGUUUGGCUGUUGAUGCAAUGUGAACAAAAAUUUUCUGACGGAUCACUUUUGAACGAUCAAGAAUCGCCUCAAACCAAUCAAAUAGCUCACUUAAAUGCUGGCGAUAGCGAUUUGAAACAACUUGCAGAAGAGCUUGAUGAUGCUCAAUCAAAAUCAGUGAAUGUGUUAUCAAAAGAAAAAAUAGCGCCGUUGUUUGAGAAUAAGAAAAAAAAAGUUGGGAUGAAUCAUCCCAAAUCCAAAGUUUCCACACCGAAAAGAUUCGGUCAAUUCCAAAAUGCUUCUAUUAGCAAUACAGUCAACAAUAUCGAAAUCUGCGAAGUAAAGUUGGAAACUGAGAGUAGAAAAUCAUCAGCUCUAAAGAGGCCAAAAAAUGCAUCAGGAAAUGAUCAAAUUGCAGUAAAUCACUCUGGUAGCAUUUUCAAGAAAAGUUUAAGUGAUUUUCAUUUCAAUAGUUUGAAAGAAUUUGAUCAUGCACCAUUUUCGAAUUUUGGUCAUGUCGAUUUCUCCUCUCUAUGUAUAUCUUAUAACUCCUUCAAGCUUGCUGUCCGUAAUGAAUCCAGUCCACAUGUGGAAGAUAAAUGUAGGACAAGCAAUCCUGUUGAUUGUAAUAUAAAUGAAAAAUGUAUAAACAUUAAUAUAUCAUCCUGUGAUAUGUGGUGUGAAGCUCUACGGCCUCGCCGUCUUAGUGAAAUAUUGGCGAAUGAAAAUUCUAUCAAAAAAAUUCAUGUAUGGCUUAAGAACUGGAAAAAACGAUUAGAGAUCGAUAUUCUACCUCCAGCACCACGAAAGAAAUUGCGAAAAAGGAAGGGAGAAGAUACUGAUGAAGAUUAUGAAGAUGAUGCAAAUUUUGAUCUUUCCAACACAUUCAUUUUGUCGGGUCCAGUUGGUUGCGGUAAAACAGCAGCCAUUUAUGGAAUUGCUGAAGAGUUGGGUAUUGGAAUUAUUGAAUCGAAUUCAAGCGAGAAGCGUAGUGCUGCAAAUCUUAAAACGAAAUUACAAGGUGCCACUCAGUCUUUUGGUAAAAUUGAUUUUCAGAUUUUAUCAACUGGAAAUCUGCGAUCAGUGUUUCAAAAAAAAACACCUUUUGAAUCACUCACUCAAUUUUCAUUGAUUCUCAUCGAUGAUGCUGAUAUAAUUUUGCCCGAAGAUGAAAAUUUUUGGUCGAAUUUGAAAAACAUAUGUUUGAAUUCAAAAGUACCUAUAGUAAUCACAUGCACAGAUUCAUUCCACUUGAAACAAGAAUUAUCGAAAACGCCAAAAAUUAUUUAUGAAACUGCGGAUCUUUCAUAUCCCAAUUCUGAUCAACUUGCUAAUUAUUUUUGUGUGAGCUUUUUAACUUUUCACUAUAAAUCGAUAAGUAUUAAAGUCGUAUUAGUUUUGUCUGCAUUAGGUUUCGAGGAAUCUGAUGUGUUUAUGAAGAAUACGUUAACUUCAAUCGUUAAACAUUUUCGCUGUGAUAUUAGAGCAGUUACCAAUCAUCUGCAGUUUUAUUUCCAGUAUAAUGACAGAUCGAAGUAUCUGAAACCAACCAAUAGUAACAUAGGAUUCAUUCAAUCAUUAGCCCAGCCAUGUUUUUCUGGAAGAUUGCAUUUGGAUCUGAAUCAUAUUGAUUUAUCUGAUAUUGCCCUAAUCGAUAGGCCACCACAUUCAUCACUGAGGCAAAAAAACGAACGUUUUCUUCGUUUUCAUAAUAUUAGGCAUUCUUUGCCUAUGAUCAAAUAUUUUCCAUUUUCUGAUAUUGCAACUGAUUAUAUCCCUUAUCUGGCGUUGCUUGAUCGAACGUAUCGUUCAAAGCGUCGAAAUUCGCGUCGUUCGAUCCAUUAUUUUGAUGAAGUUCGCGGUGAAGUUGCAAUUGAUCAGUACGGUUUGCUUGAAAAUAUAUUCAGUGAUUAUGAUUUCCCAGACCUGUUUGCUCAGUAA